AUUGAUAUAUGGUAAUUUCUUUACCGGAUCACAUGACACAAUUACCUCAAGAAUCGAUCAAGAUGAAUUGCACGUCAGCCUACGUUUCCGAUUUUUUCUCCCUCACGGGUCCUGUCCACACGCCUAUGGUGCAAUAGAUGGACAAAGUUUAACUCACUCAAGCUGCCUAUUCCUUUUCUCUACCGCAAAAGGGAGAUAUGACGGAGUACGAUGAUCGCAGCAGCUGCGCGUCAAAUAUGUAUUUGCCGAGUUGCACGUAUUAUGUAUCAGCGCCCGAUUUUUCGUCGGUCUCGUCGUUUUUACCGCAGACUACGUCGUGUCAAGUUAAUUUUCCCUAUUCUUCCAACAUAGCUCAAGUCCAACCUGUUCGGGAAGUGUCUUUCAGGGACUAUGGACUGGAUCACCCGAGCAAAUGGCAUUACAGGGGCAAUUAUGCUUCCUACUACUCGUCGGACGAGAUAAUGCACCGAGAUCUAAUCCAGUCAUCAAACAGAGCGGAAAUGCUAUUUAAAAACGAUUCGUUGUACAGCCACCACAGCGGCACCAACUCGUCCUGCAGUUUCUUCACGAAUGUCGGCAGGAACGGUGUACUUCCUCAAGGAUUUGACCAGUUUUUUGAGUCUGUUAACUCUGAGAAGCCCAGCCCUGAACACUCUAAACAAAAGACAGAGUCCAGUGUCCCCGGAGAUGCCGCAUGUAAUAAACAGUCUUCAGAUUCCUCAGAGCAGUCGAAACAAGACCUAACCGAAAACACAGAGGAGGAAUCUUCAAUAUCAAACUGCGGGGAUGACAAGAACAACGGCUCAAGUGCAUCUAAGUCCAGGAAAAAGAGAUGUCCCUAUUCCAAGUACCAGAUCCGAGAACUUGAACGAGAAUUCUUUUUCAAUGUGUACAUCAACAAGGAGAAACGCCUGCAACUGUCGAGAAUGCUUAACCUUACAGACCGGCAAGUGAAGAUUUGGUUCCAGAAUCGACGAAUGAAGGAGAAAAAGCUCAACCGAGAUCGGCUUCAGUAUUUUACUGGAAACCCCUUGUUCUGAGUUAAAACUACUUCAGAUGCAACAGCAGACUCGUGCUCAUGACCUCCAUUAUAAUACCACCAAUAUAGGUGUUGUUGGGAGGCUUCAGUCGUUUGAAAGGAAAGAUAGCCUUUUGCAACCUUAAACCCAAUGCUGUCAACAGGCCGGACUGAUGUGUUUCUUGAAACUAUGCAACGCCUUUGGUAUCACAGUCGUGAAUACAAUACCUCAAACAAGGGAAAUUAUUUAAGACAUUUGUAAAGUCGACGUAUGCAUUAUCCAGUUGAGUGAAAGCAUCCAGGGCAUCUCGACAAUCUUUUUUCGUACUUUCUCAUUUAAUGGUGAAUGCCACUGAAAUGUAACCCUCUUGUAUCAAUCGUAUUUAUUUAUUUCAUUUUAAAUGGCUGUUUCAUUGUGAUACCAACCUCAUGAGUAUUGCAGUACGCAACAGAUACUUUGAUUACAGUAAUCAACACGUAAUUUCAUAAUAGUGGAAUUAUGUAUGCAUUAGUUAGACGCAUGUGAUGUAUUAAUGUAUUAAAUAAACCAAAAACACUGCAAACAAUUAGUUCGUUCUGUGCGUCCGUGUACCCCUCCAAUUCAUGGUUUUCCAUCAAGACGGUUAUCCUUUAUUUAUAUUUAGAUAGACACAGAAUACCUUUCAGAGCUCUUAUAGACUUUGGUCAGUGUGUGAUGACCAAUGGAAAUGAGUCAGAACGAACAUUUAUAGACCUGCGUUUAGCAAAAAUAACCCCUGGCUGAUGCUAGGCCGUAGCUAAAAGGUAUGCAUUUCGGAGGGCUAUACGCCAAACCAUGAAGCUCUUCAUCAGCUGUAGGCUGGCCAAUAAUAACUACACGAGUACUAUAGUUCCUUUAUUCCUUUUAUGUUGUUUUACACUAAGGGUGUUUACUAAACCUUGAACCGUCUAGACAGACUAAUAAAACCCCAGCUGUAAAUGUCUAAAUUGGGGGCUAUUGGACCCUCUGGUGACUUCAAAUGCGACUCUGUCCAGAAAAGCCACAAAGCGAUGUAGCUAGUUAAUUUUAUGAAACACACACACACACACUGCAAAAUCUCAGAGGAAAAAUAACGAAAAUCUUAUAUUCAAAUCAACUUUUGUUUACCGAGGGAGAGCGAUUCCUGCGCCAUUGAGCUGGAAGCUCAGUGUGGACUCUUCUUUAUCUAAAUUACAGGCCCAAAUUUGGACAUGGA